AUGGAGGGAAGUCAGACGUUUCAGGGACAACGUGAUCCUUACACCUGGUUCACAGAGUCUCAGCUCCAGUCUGUCAUCAGGAACGGUGUAGUCCCGGAGUGGUUUCAUGGGAUCAUUUCCAGAAAGACAGCAGAGGAACUGCUAAUGGCUAAGCCACCGGGUUACUUCCUCAUCAGAGUCAGCGAGAGCAGGAUCGGCUACACUCUCUCGUAUCGCGCCGAGGACCGCUGCAGACACUUUAUGAUUGAUGCACUGGAAAAUGGCUCUUACAUCAUAGUGGGGGAAAACAGGUAUCACCGGUUUCUGCAUGACCUGGUGGACUUUCAUCGUAGAACUCCCAUCAUACCUUUCACUCAAGUGCUGACUGUUCCUUGUGGACAGGCUUCUAAUGACAAGACUGACUAUGCAGAACUACUGUUUCGCUCAAGAGGUCCAGACUCCAGGGCCAGUUUGCCACCAAACAACUCCCAGGUUCCCAACAUAAAUCAGUCAGGAUCCAGAGAAGAUAUCCCACCCGCCCUUCCUCACCGCCCAAAUUAUUUAGGAAACUCGCCAAUUUUGCCUCAAAAAAGCCAAACAAAUAGACUCUACCCUUCUUUGGAAGAUGAGUUUCAACACAAUACCUCUCCACCUCCAGCACUGCCUGUGCUAACACCCAGGAAGAAAUAUAGAGGUGAUAAUCCUCCAUCCAACCAGCCUCCCGAAGUCCCUUUUCGAGACUGCAUGGCUCCGAAGCAGAAUCAGGCUGUCAGAACAGUCUCUGCACCUGAGAAUCUGCCCACGUUUGCAGGCUACGAACAACCGCCCACUACCAACAACCAGCAAGUGAGGAAUCAAGAAGUAAAGCCGUCAGUCGUCACCAACCUAAAGAACCUCAAGAAGAAAUUCCAAAAGAAGAGGGGCCCGUUGCAGGAUAAUUCAUACGCAGAGAUUAACACUGAGGCAAUUGACAGGGGUGAAAAUGGUGAGCACGAGUACCAGGAGAUCAUGGGGGAUCUGACCUUUUGUGAUCCACCACUUUCCUCCAGCUGCACUCCUGUGAAGCUGACUGACGACGUGUUACCCUUAGAAUAUAUGCCACCUCCACCUUUUGCUCCAGGCUACGGACCCACAUGA